UCUGACAACAACAGCGGUGGCGGUUUAAGCGUUCGCAGUGCAACAGAGCAUCGCCGUCCCAUGUGCUCUGUAUGGAUAGUGAAAUCGCGCUGUGAAACUUAAACCUCCGGUAGCCUGACAAGAUGUCCAGCACGCCUCACGACCCGUUCUACUCCUCUCCGUUCGGACCUUUCUACAGGAGACACUCGCCGUACAUAGUGCAGCCCGAGUACCGAAUCUACGAGAUGAACAAGCGGCUCCAGUCCCGCACGGAGGACAGCGACAUCCUCUGGUGGGAUGCCUUUACUACAGAGUUUUUUGAAGAUGACGCCACAUUAACGCUUUCAUUCUGCUUGGAAGACGGACCAAAGAGAUACACCAUCGGAAGAACGCUCAUCCCGCGCUACUUCAGCACCGUGUUCGAGGGCGGGGUCACGGACCUCCACUACAUCCUGAAGCACUCCAAGGAGUCCUUCCACAACUCCUGCAUCACGGUGGACUGCGACCAGUGCACCAUGGUCACACAGCACGGGAAGCCCAUGUUCACCAAGGUUUGCACAGAAGGGCGUCUGAUUCUGGAGUUCACCUUUGAUGACCUCAUGAGGAUCAAGACAUGGCAUUUCACAAUCAGGCAGUUCAGAGAACUCGUCCCGCGCAGCAUAUUGGCUGUACACGCGCAAGACCCUCAGGUCCUGGAGCAGCUGUCCAAAAACAUCACCCGAGUGGGCCUGACCAACUUCACCCUCAACUACCUCAGGCUGUGUGUCAUACUGGAGCCCAUGCAGGAGCUGAUGUCCCGCCACAAAACCUACAACCUGAGCCCACGGGACUGUCUCAAAACCUGCCUGUUCCAGAAGUGGCAGAGAAUGGUGGCUCCACCAGCAGGACACCCACAGAACUUCAAAACGGAAAUUUUCCCUACAAAUCACAAAAAAGCUGAACCAAUGAGACAGACGACCACGAAGCGGAGGAAAAGGAAGAACUCGGCCAGCAGCGCGUCCAACAGCAGCCUGGGCAACAGCAACAGCAAGAAACGCAGCCCUGCAGGCGGCUUCAACAUCUCCAGCCAGCAGCGUCAGGACCCGGUCCAAAUGAAAAAAGAUGUGAUGGUAGUCGGGGAGCCGACCUUAAUGGGCGGGGAGUUCGGGGACGAGGACGAGCGGCUAAUCACACGGCUGGAAAACACGCAGUAUGAUGCCGCCAAUGGCAUCGACGAUGAGGACGACUUCAACAACUCCCCCGCGCUGGGCAACAACAGCCCCUGGGGUAGCAAGCCACCAGGUGGCCAGGACACCAAGCCUGAGAGCACAGCACCACAGCCCUCGCAGUAAGGCCUCCUCACCACCAGGGGGAGCGCUCUACUGACCUUACUCUGUGUGGCAGCCCAUAUAUGCUGUACUUUCUAGUGUCACAAGGCACCAAUAAAAACUUUUGCCAUGUUAUAGUCCACCAUGAUAUAAUUGCCAUGGUGGAAAGUAACUAGGAAAUCGCACUGGAGUACACAUGCUAUGAAUAAGGAUUUUUAAUACACGUGUACAAACGUGCUGGAACAAGAAGGAUUCAGUAUUCUUGUUCUGUUUCACAGCCUACAGUCUUUUUUGCGUCUACAGCCUCUUGAGGAACCCAGCAGAUGCAGGUGCAAAGCGGCUCAUGUCCAGUCCAUUUGAUCAGUGUAAUAAACACUGUCAUCAUGACCAGAGCUUUUAUUGCUCCAAACGUUUUGCAAGAACCGUGACCUCAGUGGGGUCAAACAUGUUCUACGUAUUGCUGAGAGGAAGUACAAGUGUGUCCUUGUACAAAAGGGUCUCACUGCAUUUGCAUCUUUUCUUGAAAACUGAAUAAUUUUCUUUAAAUUUUAAGUGUAAAGCCCCUAACGUGUUCAUUUCAUGACACAGACUGCUUCAAAUAAGAUUCAUUUUUUGGAUAUGCCUUUGGAGAGUUCUGCAUUGUGGCACUUGCAGAUUUGUAUUCAUUUUAUACUAAACAUUUAUUAUUAUUUUACUUUUUUUCUCAUGAAUUCUUCAACGCCAUCACCUUGUAAACAAUUUGUGAAUAAUUUAUAAGCAAAGCACGUGAUCCAUCUCUGUUUCUGUAAUUGUACAGACAGCAAUUCCCAAACUGAACAACACAACGGACAAACAGCACACUGAAACCUGAAACUGAGACAAGAUUUGAGGAGCAAAGAAAUCUUUUUAUUAAUGAAAAAAUACUAAUCUAAAAACAUCUUGCUGUAUAAAGAGUAGGAAUUGGACUGAUUACACUUCAAAGUUUAAAAUUUAUGUGUGAAAGUUGAUUUUUGUGAGACUGAUUUUAUGGGUAUUUACUAUGAGAGUCAUGAGCACUCAGACGAAUGAACCAGCACAGUAAGUGAGAACACCAGCUGAAGUUUCGCGCACAGAGUCUGUAACAGAUGUUGUGUAAUUGAGAGCAAAAAAAUAUCCCAGUUCGUUUUUUCAGAGGGACUGAUUAGAGAUGGUUCUCAUAGCAGCUAGUGGUGCAAGGAUCUCCGGAUCGAUGUCGGCUUGGAGCCAGCAGCCUCCGUGAUCCUGGGUCAAAGCCGAUGUCUGUUCCACCAUCUGCAUGAAUUCUGGACCAUCGGUUCUGACCCCAACUCAUGCCCUUAAGCUUCAACUCUACCUUUUUGUUUCAAUUAUGUUUCUAAAAAGGUGUAUUUAAAUAUAUUUUCAAGUAUAGAAUCUGUUGUGUUAAAGAAAAGUCA